UGAUUUUGCAUUUGUGGGUAGGGGGCAUGUUUUGUAAACAAAACAGUUCUCCUCCCUGUCAGCUCGUGUACACUGCUUUGGAUGGCUGUGCACAGCAGAGCCAUACAAAUCAGUGUGCUUACAGUGGAAAGAACACACACAGCAGCACACAGUGAAACAGCACACAGUUAACCCUUUGAUUGCCCCACAUGUUAACCCCUUCCUGCCCAGUGCCAUUAAGUACAGUGUCAGUGAUUUUUAUUAGCACUGAUCACUGUAUUGGUGUCACUGAGGAUGUCAGUGACACCGAGUCAGUCCCCCCCCCCCCCCCAGUGUCAGAAUGCCCGCUGCAGUCCCGCUAU